AUGGCUCAUGGCGAGCCUCAAAAGGUUGACACCGUCAUUGUUGGAAACGGGCCCUCCUCCCUGAUUCUCUCGUACAUCCUCCAUGGACACAUCCCAUACUACGAUGAAUCUAGCCCGCAUCCGGAUGCCAUCCUCCACGAGAAACUGCUUCGGCUGGGCCAUGAUCUCCUCGAUAUCGACUUCGAUCACCUGACGGAGCAUUUCGCUGGUUCGCGGUUCUCCUACUCAACGCAGGCCCUGCCGGUGAACGUGUUACUGGACACAUUAGUGAGACCUCUGGGAGAAACCGAUGACGCGGAGAAAAAGACGUGCAUUCGAUGGGCUUACGAGCCUUCGCGAGCGGUUGCUCAUAUGGUUAUUGGACAAACUCACAGCACAGGCGGGCAAUGGGUAGAGAAUCCUGUCCACGCAAGUUGGGAUAUUGGAACUCUUAGUUAUGCGGGAAUGAUUUCGCUUCCCGGCUACGGCUUUGAUGAACACUACCAAAGACGAAAUGGUCGGCCAAUGCCCGUCUAUAUCAGGCCAUCCCGCCAUGCUGUGGCCGACUAUCUUGCUGAAUAUCCCUUCCAUGUGGGCAUCGCCGACUCGAUCCAUAACGGAGAGCAAGUCCGGGGGGUUUCUCGUCGGGGCAAUGGUUUCUAUAUCGCAUCGCAUAAUAUUCUGUGCAAGAAUCUCGUCCUCGCGUCUGGAAUUUUCAGCGAGCUCAUCCAACCACGACCGCUACUCUGUCCUCUCGUUGAACUCCGUGCCAAACAGAUGGGACCGUCCACAAACCCGCUUCUUGUCAUUGGCUCCGGCUUCAGUGCUGCCGAUGUGAUUAUCUCGAGCCCACCAAACCAAAAGAUCAUUCACAUUUACAAAUGGGCUCCGUCGACGUCACCAUCUCCGUUACGUGCUUGCCACCAGCAAGCUUAUCCUGAAUAUGCAGGCGUGUACCGGCGGAUGAAACUUGCCGCGAACCCUUCUUCAAAGCCCAAGGACAAACGCCCGAGAUAUCGUCGAAUCAUGUCCGACUUCGAUUUGAGUCGCGAUUGGAACGCGACCUACGAGGGGUUGCCGAACACUGAAGUCGUCGAUGUCCAAGUCUCUGACGACGGACUAGCAGCCACGGUCACUUUUCAGAACGCCAGCACGAAGGAAACACCAUUCCAGCGCCAAGUGAGUGGUUUGGAGUAUGUGGUUGGAAGACGGGGCUCGUUGGAGUAUCUCGCACCAUCCCUUCUGCAGGAAGUGAUACCUAAAGAAGCCGAAGCGCUACGUGAUGCUGGUAUGAUAUCAGCACAGACACUGCGCGAAAAGGCGAACGAAGAUCUCGAGGUUGCGCCACAUGUUUUCAUUAUCGGUAGUCUGACUGGUGAUUCUCUGAUCCGCUUUGCAUAUGGCGGAUGUGCCUACGCUGCGGGAAAGAUAAUGCGGGAGAGUCAAGAGAGCGAGACUAGAGAUCAGUCGAGCAAGCUAAAGAGCAACGGGUUGGUCACGGUUUGUUUAGGCCAGUACCAAACCCCGGCAUCCUCACCAAAGAUUCCUGCUAUGAGCGGUCUGGAUGGACAUGAGUCGAGCCCUAUCUUGACCCUUCGUGAGCAUGUCCGAGUUCGACACGAAUCGACAUCUACCAAAGGAUCAUUAUCCACCGAUGGUCCUAAUACCACCACCACCCAUGGCGAAACCGGCGACCAACAAAGCAAGAACAUCCCGUCCUACGACCCGGACAGUUCCAGCUCGCUCGCCGACACUGGCCGCUUCAUCGUCAGCGACUACGCCUGCCUCCGCGCCCACUACCUGACGCCCAAGUAUCCGAUCGUGCUGGCCCACGGGCUGAUGGGGUUCGACGAACUGCGGCUCGCGGGGGAUCUGUUGCCCGGGAUCAGUUACUGGCGCGGGAUCAAGGAGGCGUUCCAGGCGCGCGGGGUGCAGUGCAUCACAACGACGGUGCCGAGGACCGCGUCGAUCGCCGAGCGCGCCGAGGUGCUCAUGGACCAGAUCGCGAAGAGGCUUCCCCCGGCGGCAACUGGGGGAAAGGGCGAGGAUGGAAACGGUGGUGAUGGUGGGGGGAGGGAAGUGAACAUCAUCGCGCACAGCAUGGGCGGGCUGGACGCGCGGUACAUGAUCUCGCGGCUGUGUCCUCCACCAUCACUCUUCCGCGUGCGGUCCCUGACCACCGUCGCCACACCACACCGGGGCAGUUCGACCGCCGACAUGCUGAUCCGGGACAUCGGGCCGGACCUGCUCCCGCGGCUGUACCAGCUCCUGGGCCGCAUGAACAUCGACUCGGGCGCCUUCGCGCAGCUGACCACCCGCUACGUGACCGAGCACUUCAACCCGCGCACCCCCAACGACCCGUCGGUCAAGUACCUGUCGUACGGGGCCAGCGCGACGCCGCACCUGCUGUCCGUGUUCCGCCUGUCCCACGACCUGAUGGACAUGCUCGAGGGCCCCAACGACGGCCUCGUCAGCGUCAGGAGCGCAAAGUGGGGCGAGUACCAGGGCACCCUGGCCGGCGUCACGCACCUGGACCUGAUCAACUGGACGAACCGCCUCAAGAAGAUGGCCAGUCGCGUGGGCCUGGUCGAGGAGAAAUUCAACGCCGUGGCCUUUUACCUCGCCGUUGCGGAGGAGCUUGCUAAACAAGGGUUUUGA